AUGAACCCGACUCGUGAAGCAGUGCCUGUUUUUCCCAAAGAUCGAGAUUUUGAAGGAGCCGAUUCACCAGCUGCAACUCCCUGUCAGCCCGCUAAACGUCGUAAAGUCGUGAAUGGCACCAGCAACAGCAAUCUCAAUGACACCACCACCACCGAUCGGGAAACGAUGCUGCUUGAUGAAAGAGCGCUUGAUCUCAAGCCAACCAAAUGGCAGUCGACGAUUGAACAAGUUGUGAAGGCGAUCGUAUCGAUCCGAUUCAGUCAAGUGGCAGCUUUUGACACUGAAGGACCCGAGACCUCGGAAGCCUCUGGAUUCAUCGUUGAUGCAGAAAAGGGCAUUAUUCUUACGAAUCGACAUGUUGCUUGUGCUGGUCCUUUUGUUGGUGAAGCCAUUUGUCACGAUCAUGAAGAAGUCGAUGUCUUUCCAAUUUAUCGUGACCCAGUACAUGACUUUGGUUUCUUAAAGUUUGAUCCUUCCAAAAUCAAGUACAUGCCAGUGACACAAGUGGAACUUCGCCCUGAACUUGCCAAGGUGGGCUUGGAUAUUCGUGUCGUCGGUAACGAUGCAGGAGAAAAGCUCAGUAUUCUUGCUGGUUCCAUUUCGCGUCUCGAUCGCAACACGCCCGAUUAUGGUGACUUGACAUACAAUGAUUUCAACACGUUCUACUUGCAGGCAGCUUCCAGCACCAGUGGUGGUAGUUCGGGUUCCCCUGUGAUCGAUAUUGAAGGUAAUGCCGUAGCAUUGCAAGCUGGCGGUCAUACCAAGGCAGCUACCGACUUUUUCUUGCCUCUCGACAGAAUCAAGCGUGCUUUGGGAUACAUUCAACGUGGCGAAAAUGUUCCUCGAGGUGACGUCCAAGCUCAAUUCGUUUAUCGACCCUUUGAUGAGGCACGCCGAUUAGGCUUACGAGCAGAGACAGAGGAAGAGUUACGCAACAAGUUUCAUGAUGAAAUUGGUGUUCUUGUUGUCGAGACGGUGUUGCCUGAAGGACCUACUCACGGCAAGCUUGAAGAAGGUGACAUCUUGUUGACCAUCAAUGGCGAAUACGUCACACGUUUCGUACCGCUCGAGCACAUGUUGGAUUCCAAUGUUGGCAAAGACCUUGUAUUCAAGAUUGAACGUGGUGGCAAGCCUAUGGAGUUUACUGUUAAGGUUGGAGACCUUCAUGCAAUCACGCCCGAUCGUUAUGUUGAAAUUGGUGGAUCAAAAUUGAACGAAGUGUCCUAUCAAUUGGCACGAGCCUAUUGUGUACCAUGCCGUGGUGUUUAUGUUGCUGAGCCAUCAGGAAUGUUCCGCUUGGAUGGACCUGAUAAUGGAUGGAUUAUCAAAUCGGUGGAUGACAAGGAGACUCCCAACUUGGAUACAUUUAUCGAGGUGAUGGAAGGAAUUCCUGAUCGUGAGCGAGUGCCCGUUGUAUACUAUUCGAUUGUCGACACACAUACGACCUUGGUUACGGUGGUUCAAGUGGAGCGGCAUUGGACCGGUUUCCGCUUAGCUGUACGCAAUGAUAAGACUGGAUUGUGGGAUUACACCGAACUUGGAGAGGCACCACCCCCACGUCAAUUACAGCCAUCGACAAAGCGCUUUGCAGUAUUGGAUGACAGCCUUGGCCCUUGCAAACACCUUGUGCGUUGCCUUGUCAAGGUCAGCUAUUAUAUGCCUUGUCGAUUGGAUGGAUUCCCAAGAAAUCGUAAACAAGGAGCUGGUGUGAUUGUGGACAAGGAGCGAGGAUUGGUGGUGGUGGGACGCAGCAUUGUGCCUACUGCAAUGGGUGAUUUGUCGCUGACUUUUGCUGAGUCUCUCAUUAUUCCUGGCAAAUUAAUUUACCUUCAUCCAACACACAACUUUGCAUUUGUGAAAUAUGAUCCCAAGCUACUGGGUGACACUGAUGUAAUGAGCGCACCACUCAGCGACAAGGUCUUGCAACAAGGACACAAGGUGACGUUAGUUGCCCAUAACCAUAACCAGCGACCCGUGUGCUUGAAUACUGUCGUCACCGAUGUUCAAUGUGUAACCAUUCCCCACAAUGGAACACCACGAUUCCGAGGUAUCAAUCAAGAUGGCAUCACAUUGGAUACACCUUUGGCACUAGAAUGUUCUUCUGGUUUAUUGGCAUCGUCCGAGGGACAAGUGCAAGGCUUGUGGCUAAGUUAUUUGGGAGAACGCAACAUGAAUGGACAUGACAAUGAAUACCAUCUUGGGUUACACAUAUCCACCAUCAUGCCAGUAUUGAGUCGCCUCCAACGUGAUGAACCCGUGAACCUUCGUACGCUUAAUAUCGAAUUGACCCCUGUACAAAUGGCACAAGCGGGCUCGAUGGGCUUAUCGGAUGAAUGGAUUCGCAAAGUACAAGAUGCCAAUCAAGCCAAGCAUCAAGUAUUCAUGAUUCGACGUACAGAAGCUGAGAGUGAAAGCACCAAAGUACUCAAGGAGCUUGAUCUGAUUUUGGCAGUGAACGGCAAAGUGAUCACGCGGAUGUACGAGAUGGAUGUUCAAUAUGAAGCCGAGGAACUUGAGAUGACGAUUCUUCGACAGAAAAAGGAAAUGACUGUGCGUGUCAAAACGUCACCAGCAUCAGGAAGUGGAACGAGUCGGGUGGUGUUUUGGGCAGGCGCUGCAUUACAAGAACCCCACAAGGCUGUGCUGCAGCAAAGCAAGCGCUUGCCUUCCAGAAUUUACAUUUCAGCACGGUCAAAGGGAUCCCCAGCAUACAUGUAUGGCUUGGUGCCUACCAAUUGGAUCACCCACAUUAAUUCUGUACGAGUGGUGACGUUGGAUGAUCUCAUUGCAGCUGUCAAGAACAUUGAGGAUAAUACGUAUGUGCGUGUACGCUGUGUCACUUUUGAUAACGUGCCGAUCAUGCUCUCUGUCAAAAUGGUGAACCACUACUUCCCGCUGAUAGACAUGGAUAUGGAUCCCACUACCGAAUGUGGUUGGAAGAAGCGUCAAAUUGCUUAG